AACAAUAUAUAGAAACACUCCAAAUAUUUUUAUUCUUUUAGAUGUGUUAAUGUGUAUUUUAGUCUAGAAGAUGAUCAAUUAUUAUUGAUGCCAAAACUUAAGCCUAACUCCAAUGCUUUGGCUACUCUGUACACACUUGAUUAAUUAAUUUACCAUACACAUUAUGUAUAUAUGGUAUAUAUACACACACACAUAACAUAUAUCUAUAUACUUCUCAUCAAACAAAAAAUCCCAAUAACAAUAAAAAAGAAAAAAUCCCUUUGUAAAGAUGGCUACAAAAAAGUCAUCAUAUGUACUAUUAGUGGCUCUCUUUGUAGUGUUUAUCUCAAUUGAGAUGGCCAUUAUUGUUGGUGGCGAAGGUACUGAUAAUGGUAAUGGUAAUGGAAACGGUGGAGGUAACAAUGGAAACAACAACGGGAACAACAAUAGCGGAAAUAACAAUGGAAAUGGUAACGGUAAUGGUAACAGUGGAAACAAUGGUAACAACGGAAACAACAAAGGCAACAACAACAAUGGAAAGAACAACGAUGGCAAUGGUAAUGGAAAUAAUAAUGGUAACAACGCUAAGGCAAAGAAGCCACCCGGUUAUGCUGCUUCAACACACUAUGAUGAUCUGACGCCAUUAGCUUCGGGAAGGGAACGUGCAUUUUGUCAAGCUAGGGGGAAAUGUAAAUCGAAAACCCUAACAUGUCCUGCCGAAUGCCCCGAGAGAAAACCUAAGAAGAACAACAAGAAAAAGGGUUGUUAUGUUGAUUGUAGCAGCAAAUGUGAAGUCACUUGCAAGUUUAGAAGACCCAACUGUAAUGGUUACGGCUCACUCUGCUACGACCCGCGUUUUGUUGGUGGUGACGGUGUAAUGUUCUACUUCCAUGGUGCAAAGGGUGGAAACUUUGCAAUUGUCUCUGACAAAAAUCUCCAAAUAAACGCGCACUUCAUUGGAACAAGGCCUCAAGGAAGGACCCGAGACUUCACAUGGGUCCAAGCCUUGUCUGUCAUGUUCGAUACUCACACCCUUGUCAUUGGAGCGAAACGUGUAGCACAAUGGAACGACGACAUUGAUGCUCUCAUCGUCAGUUGGGACAGUGAAUCCAUCCAAAUCCCAACUGAGGGUGAGGCCGAAUGGAGAGCUGACAGCUCUCUCACUAAACGACAAGUCGUUUUGGAGAGAACUGACGAUUAUAACAGUGUCAAAGUAACAGUUCCAGGUCUAUUGGAAAUUGACAUUAAAGUGAAACCCAUUGGUAAAAAAGAGAACAUAGUCCAUAACUAUCAAAUCCCAAAUGGAGAUUCUUUUGCUCACUUGGAAACUCAAUUCAAAUUCUUUAAUCUCUCGGAUUCUGUGGAAGGAGUUUUGGGUCAGACUUACAGACCUGGAUACGUUAGUCCUGUCAAGGUUGGAGUUCCAAUGCCGAUGAUGGGUGGGGAAGAUAAGUACCAAACGACGUCGUUGUAUUCUCCUCUUUGCAAGUUUUGCAGGUUUCAAAGGCCAUCCAUGUUUGAAGAAGUUGCUAAGUUCUAAUUUAUGAUUAUGAUGAUGAUGAUAAUAGAAAUUAAUCAUAAAAAUAUGGAAAUUUUUUCUUUGGUUUUGAGAAAUAACAUCAUAAUUGUAUAUGAUGAUAUGCAAAUUAAAAUGGAAAAUAAAAGGGUAUAACAGCCCAUGUAUUAAUUCAUUAAUUUUUUUAUUACAAUCAAUGUAAUCAUUGUUAUUUGAUUAACUUUGAACUAUUUGGAUUAUUUGUUACUUUUCUAUUUGCUAAUAAAAGUG